UUCAAGUUUAUUCUGUCAUUCUUCUACACCUAACCAACCCCAUCAGUCGCCAUGUCUGAAUAUUGGAAGUCGACCCCCAAAUACUGGUGCAAGCAUUGCAGCAUCUACGUGCGCGACACCAAAUUCGAGCGACAGAACCACGAGGCCACCGGAAAACAUCAAGGCGCCCUGAAGCGUUUCCUACGAGAUUUACACCGCAAUCAUGAACAAGGCCAACGGGAAAAGGAGCGCGCUAAACGCGAAGUCGAAAGAUUAACUGGUAUUGUUAGUUCUGCAUCUACCGAUAACGUCGCAAGCACCAGCAAAGCCUCUGUCGGUGGCGACGCAUCAGCUCCGUCACAACCACCGCCUUCCAGUUCUCAGCGCCAAAAACAAUGGGAGCAGCUUGCAGAGAUGGGCAUUGAUAUCCCCACCGAGUUGAGAGGUGAUAUGGCCAUGGCUAGCGAAUGGACAGUAACAAAUACGAGGAUUAUCAAAGACGCGUUGAACUCGGAGCUAGAUACUAAACCAGGCAACGUCGAUGCUGUCGCGUCUGGUGUGCGAAAGCGACCGAAGCUUGAGGAGGAUGAAGAGGAGGAAGAGAAUGCGAUAAAGGGCCUAUUCAAGAAACCUCGGAAAUGGGGUCGCGAUACGAAACACGCUCCCGAGACCGACACCGAAUUAGAUGCGCUCCUCAACGGACCCCUUACGACGAUGCUUAAGCCAGAAGAGAAAUCGGAAAAUGUAUCUAAGAACGAGGAUCUACCGAAUAUUAAGAAGGAAGAUCAUUCGACUUCUCUAGGCAUUAAAAAGGAGAUAGAUGAGGACACAACUCUAUUGGAUAUUAAGCCAAAAGAUGUUGGGCGUGUUGAAGGAGUUUCGAUUAAGCAAGAAGAAAACACAGCGGCUGAGGCUCCAGCUAUCGUCUUCAAAAAGCGGAAACCCAAAAAUAUUAGACAAAGAUAGUAUGUUGGAUGAUGGGCGCCAUUCUAUUAAACUGUCCCUUGUCUCAAUAGACACGACGGCGUAUUCGCAGCUUUACGUAUCAUCAACCAACACCCUAUUCUUAUACCCUCAUCGAAGUGGUAUGGUCUAAUAUAUGUGUUGUCAUCGGCGUCUACGACGGAGAAUUCCAAGUCUAUAUUCCGCUAUCCCUCUAGUCGACGGGAUCGGUGGACGAUGGUGCUGACGUGAGCUCCAUAGAGCGCAUCGAAUACACCGGUGGCUCUCUAGUAUUUCCUCAAUUUGCUCACCACCAUCAACUUGUUCUCUAAGUUAUAAAGAGCUUCUAGGCCAAAAUAUUUUGCGGUUGUCGAGCUAAAGCAAUUUCGCGCCACGAUACAUCAAUAGUCAAAUCCAGUACGACUAGAAGCAGAUCGAGUUCCAGCUACCGAUGAAUUGUUCGGAAUCCAAUGUUCUUGUACAUUCAAGGUACACUCGAUAUCCAACCGGAUUCCUCAAUCUUCCGCCUCUGCCUCGUCUAUUUAGCUAAUUAGCUAGAUUCAACGCCACAUGCAUACGCCUCAAUCACAUAUCUACGAAUAAGUCAUCAAACUAGUCAUCUGCUAUCAUUCGGUGUAGCAAAGGACCUCGAGGAUGUGUUCACUAAGGAAUAGCCCGUAAGAAUUCCUGGUAACCCUAAAACGA